AUGGCAGACACAACAGAGUCUACUAUUAGUACAAGUACAAGUAUACCAACACCAACACCAACACCAACACCAUCAAUGCUUCGUGAACAACAUGUCAGCGAUUUACACGAUAUCGGUGCUGUUCUAUUAUCACAGGGUGCUGAAGCUAGAACAUUUAGAUAUAUGUUGAAUGGAUUAGAUUGUAUUGUAAAAGAGAGAUUUGAAAAGAAGUACAGACAUCCAUUACUGGAUGCCAAGAUUGCAAACAAGAGAAUAUUGAUGGAGGUUAGAGCAAUCAAUCGAUGCAGAAAGAAUGGGAUCAGUGUACCAUGUCUCUAUCUUACAGAUACACUCAACAACCGAAUCUAUAUGGAAUACAUUGAUGGUAUCACUAUUAAACAACACCUAUACAAUCAUUCACCACCAACUAAUAAUCCAUCGGGUACACCAACCGUCAUCAUUGAAAUGACACCUGACAAACAAAAAGAAAUUGAAACAUUAUGUUUUGAUAUUGGUCUAUGUAUUGGUAGAAUGCAUAAUAUUGAUAUUAUUCAUGGUGAUUUAACAACUUCAAAUAUGUUAUUAAAAUCAUCUUCCACAUCUGUAAAUAAUAAUAAUAAUAAUAAUCAAAAUAAUAAUAAUCGAAAUAAUAUUAAUAAUGAUAAUAGUGACCUUCAAUUAAAAGAUGAGAAAUCAAUUAUAUUUAUUGAUUUUGGGUUAAGUUAUAGUAGUACAUUGGUAGAAGAUAGAGCUGUAGAUCUAUAUGUUUUGGAACGUGCAUUCAUUUCAACUCAUCCAAAUUCAGAACCAUUAUUUAAAAAGGUGAUGGAAGGUUAUGAAAGCUCAUCUCCCAAGGCCAAGAAUAUCGUUGCCAAAUUAGAUCAAGUUAGACUUCGUGGAAGAAAGAAAUUGGCUUUUGGAUAA